UUUUAGAAACAACUAACAACGUCACCACUUAGUCGUGUGUCGUCCCUGAGCACGUGACCAAGUGGAUCACGUGGGCAGGAAUUUCGUGGUUGGUCGGGGUUUCAGGAGGAGCGGCGAUGGCGUCCUUACUGCAGCCCGAACGGGUGAACUAUCUUGUCACCGGCGAAAAAAAGAUCCGUUCCCCACUUUCUAGUUUAUAUUUCUGUCGUUAUUGCAGUGAAUUGCGGUCUUUGGAAUGUGUGUCUCACGAAGUGGAUUCUCACUAUUGUCCCAGCUGCUUGGAGAAUAUGCCUUCAGCAGAGGCAAAACUAAAAAAGAACAGGUGUGCCAAUUGCUUUGACUGUCCCUGCUGCAUGCACACCUUGUCCACGCGUGCCACCAAUAUCCCAGCCCCUUUGCCUGAUGAUCCGGCCAAGACCACCAUGAAGAAGGCCUACUAUCUGGCCUGUGGCUUCUGCCGUUGGACUUCCCGAGAUGUUGGCAUGGCUGACAAGUCUGUGGCCAGCGGUGGCUGGCAGGAGCCUGAAAAUCCUCAUGCUCAGCGGAUCUACAAGCUCAUUGAAUAUUACCAGCAACUGGCCCAACGGGAGAAACUGGAGAGGGAUAGGAAGAAGUUUGCAAGACGACGGCCCUACAUGCCCUUGGCAUUUUCGCAACACACUAUUCAUGUGGUGGAAAAGUAUGGUCUGGGCACCAGGCUGCAGAGGCAGAGGUCCGGAGCACCCAUCACUAGCUUGGCUGGCCUUUCGCUGAAAGAGGGUGAGGACCAAAAAGAGAUUAAGAUUGAGCCAGCCCAGGCGCUGGAUGAGGUAGAACCUCUCCCUGAAGACUGCUACACGGGGCCUGUCAACCUGCCGGAAGUGACCACCCUGCGGCAGAGGCUGCUGCAGCCUGACUUCCAGCCAGCCGGAGCCUCGCACAUGUACCCCAAACACAAGCACCUUCUGAUCAAGCGCUCUCUCCGCUGCCGGAAAUGUGAGCACAACUUGAGUAAGCCAGAAUUUAAUCCAACCUCGAUUAAAUUUAAAAUCCAGCUGGUCGCAGUUAACUACAUCCCUGAUGUCAGAAUAAUGUCUAUUCCAAACCUGAGAUGCAUGAAGGAAAGUCAGGUGCUGCUCACUUUGACCAACCCGGUGGAGAAUGUUACUCAUGUCACCCUGCUUAACUGUGAGGAUGGGGACGCCGAUGACAUCAACAGCACUGCCAAGGUUGUAGUUCCAUCCAAGGAGCUGGUUCUGGCUGGGAAGGACGCGGCGGCAGAGUACGACGAGCUGGCUGAGCCGCAGGACUUCCAGGACGACCCGGAUAUCGUGGCCUUCAGGAAGUCCAACAAAAUCGGCUUCUUCAUCAAGGUGACGCCACAGCGCGAUGACCGCGAUGUCACGGUGUCCUUCAAGAUCCGCCACGAUUUCCGCAACCUGUCGGCCCCCAUCAGGCCCAGUGAGGAGGGCGAGCCGCCCAGCGAAGCCGUCUGGCUGACCCACCACGUGGAGCUGAGCCUGGGACCUCUAGCUCCCUGAGGGGCUAUCCAGGACCAGGCACACUGCAUCAUGCCGUGAUUGGGCGAUGGAGCAUCACAUGACACACAGUUACACCACAUCACACACUGUAAGAAUGUCAGUCAGAAUGUUAGUCAGCAAAAGGAACAAGAAACAAACUCUUACUGUUUUAUUAUUUACUCUGUUGGUUUGGAGGUUAAUGUACUGUGACAUGGUUAAGUUUGCUAUCUUAUCUGGAGGUUAAUUUGAAAUAUAAAGACUAUUCUGGUCGUGAGAUGGCUAUUAGACCAAUAUAACAAAGUAAACAUCAAGCUAAAAUUUUGAAUGCAUUACUGAUAAUAUUUGAUUUUAAAACAAUACUUAACAUUUAGUCCAGACAUACUCAUUUUCAAGGCUGGUCUGGGGUGGAAGAGAAAUUGCACUGCCCUUACUGGACAGCAGAUGGUGGUGUUACAGUAAGCAGUGAGUAUUUCACUGGUGCAGCAAUCUUCGGAGAGGUUGCAGGUUUACUUUUCUGCAAAAUAAAAUGACUGAAUCCCAGAAAAGCAUGAAAUUCACUUAACACAAUCGUUGAAGUGAGUCUGGUUUAUAUCUAAUUAUCAUUCUUAAGUUCACAUUAGCUAAGUCAGCAGUGGGCUCACAAAUUGCGAAUGAUGCCUAAGGCCAGCACAGACCACAGCAUUAUAUAGACACGCAGAUACUUAUCUCAGCCUCAUUAUGAACAAUAGAAUUAUGCAAAUUGACUUCCGUAACUGUAAGGCUUUUUUAAUUUAUUAUUAUUAUUAUUAUUUUUUAAUGACUGCAGGAAUAGUAUGGGAAAAUCUACUGUGGGUGGUACACAAUACAGUGGUAUUACUGGGUAGUAUAUUUAAAACAUUUGCAUCCCAUUUGAAAAUGGAGUUUCAGAUUUAAGUCCCCACCCCGCCUCCAGAUCAUGCUUUUUAAAAGGCUUGUGUUGAACAUUUCACCCUCACUUUGGAGCACCAUAAAUACAAAUUUCCACUCGGCUCAUUUUUUUAUUUUUUUUCCCCUCUCCCCCUGUUAGUGGUCUGUGUUUACAUAAAAAUUCCUAUUUUGCAAGUUUGCUGGUGCAAGCUAUUGACAUUGGAGGUUUUAACAGUUUUGCAGUCUUUUCAUGCCUUGUUUGGCAUAUGGUGGUAGAUGUGUGUAUAUACACCUGAAUUUCUACCGUUCUUUGGUAUAUGUGUGGAUUGCACAGUGUUCUCAGGUGACAGUUCCGAUGUAGGUCAGGGUCACCUGUACACGCUGUUCUCCAUCACCUCUUUGGCACAAUGUUUGGAGUACACUGGCUCGACUACAAAGUGACGCACGCAUAUCCUCACUGUAGAGCAUAUGUGCAGUGCUAAGAUUGUGACCAAACAAGUUAUUGUAGUGUAAAAAUGUAUUAACCUGACUGUAAGUAUCUGAGUUUGUAUGGUGUCCUGCUUUUGAAGCUUGUGUGAUAUUUGAAUACUCUUUCCAGCUGUACUUUCCCUCACCUUCACAGAACGCUUUCAGUCUUUGCAUGGAGAUCUUAAAGUGGCAAAAGACGUCCUGUCAUGGAACGUCUUUGCAUGUCCGCAAAUCGGUCCCCGCUCUGCGGCUUUUGCAGUGUUUAUUGUACGCUUCGGAGUUCCUGCCUGGCACCUCGUCUAUCUUUCAAAUAGGUAGUGUUUACCUUUUCGCUGCUCCACGUGGCAUCUUAUAAUGUGUAAAUAUAAAGGUUGAAGGUUGUUUGAAGAAUCAGAACACCCUGUUGCUUUGCCGAUUCGUCUGGAAAAAAUUUCCAGUGCCCCUCUUUGAUCCUUUAAUUCGUUUCCAAGUUUUAUUGUAACCGCUGCUGGAUUAAGAGGACUUUCUCACAGUAUGAUAUCCACUAAUCUCUGUGCUUCAUCUAAAGUUGCCAGUGGUCUUUGUAGGUCUUUCCUGUAGUUCUACAGUGAUUAUAAUUUAAGAACAUGAUAUCAAUAAAUAUAUCGGAGCAAAA